CGCAUUUUAUAACUUAAAGGCUAUUUAAUUCAUGAUAAAGAAGACUACAGAAUCCUUUACUCGGUUCAUUUUGCAUCGAUUCUCACCAUUUAUAAGUGACAUGUUUCCGUUUUCCGCUUGAGCGAAACACUCUCGCGCGCGUUUGGAACAGAGAGCAUCGCGCGCGGUCUCCAGUCCUCUUGAGAUAUUUUAUAUCAGAAGAUUUUUUGACAUUUUUUGCCAUGGCACAGCCACAGAACGGAUCUAACCUAACGGGGAACUUUACAAAUCAGUUUGUGCAGCCGCCGUGGCGCGUCGCGCUCUGGUCUGUUGCGUACAGCUCCAUCCUGGCGAUCGCGGUGUUCGGGAAUCUGAUCGUCAUGUGGAUCAUUCUGGCUCACAAGCGGAUGAGAACCGUCACCAAUUACUUUCUGCUCAACCUAGCGUUUUCAGAUGCAUCGAUGGCCGCCUUCAACACUUUGAUUAAUUUUGUUUAUGCCACGCACGGUGACUGGUAUUUUGGAGAAGCCUACUGUAAAUUUCACAACUUUUUCCCCGUCACCUCUGUGUUUGCCAGCAUUUACUCCAUGAGCGCAAUAGCAGUCGACAGGUACAUGGCUAUCAUCCAUCCCCUGAAACCACGACUCUCAGCCACGGCUACUAAGGUGAUCAUUGUGUGUAUUUGGAUACUGGCUGUGGUCUUGGCCUUUCCUCUGUGUUUCUUUUCAACCAUCAAAAAAUUACCCAAGCGGACCCUCUGCUACGUUGCCUGGCCGAGACCUUCAGAGGACCCUUUCAUGUAUCAUAUUAUAGUGGCUUUGCUGGUGUAUGUUCUGCCUUUGGUGGUCAUGGGAAUUACCUACACUAUUGUUGGGUUGAUGCUUUGGGGAGGAGAGAUUCCUGGAGACUCAUCAGACAACUAUCAGGGCCAGCUGCGAGCCAAAAGGAAGGUGGUGAAAAUGAUGAUCAUCGUAGUGGUGACCUUUGCCAUCUGCUGGCUGCCAUACCAUGUAUAUUUCCUCGUUACAGGGUUGAACAAGCAGCUGGUUAGAUGGAAGUUUAUUCAGCAGAUCUAUUUGUCGGUCAUGUGGCUUGCCAUGAGCUCCACCAUGUACAACCCCAUUAUUUACUGCUGCUUGAACAGCAGGUUUCGGGCCGGCUUUAAACGUGUUUUCCGCUGGUGCCCGUUUGUGCGGGUGUCAGACUAUGACGAGCUUGAGCUGCGGGCCAUGCGGCAUAAAGUAGCACGCCAGAGCAGCAUGUACACACUCUCACGAAUAGAGACCACCGUCGUAGCCGUUUGUGACCCCUCAGAGCCAACCAGCCACCCAGACAGGAAGAGCCUUCACAACCACCAGCACAACGGCUGCUCCAACCCCACCAAGAGCAAAGAAGAAAUGCAGAGCGACUUGAAGGAAGAAUUCUGCUGAGAUAGACCUUUAAUGUAAGAUUCAUACUGAAGUAUCAAAGCACAGCCGUUUUAACGAAUCCUCAUUCUGUAAACUGGAAGGGAGUGAUGAAAAGUUAAACGUUUAAUUGAAUAUGCUAAUAUAUAGCACAUAAACAGCAUCUUGAUUUA